UAUUUUCCCACCUUUAUUUUCCCCUGUUCCCCCUCUCUGUGGCGUCAAAUGGUUGGGAGCAGGACAAUUUCCUCUGGCUGGCUGGCCCGCGUGGCUGCGCUGAGAUUCACUGUUGUGGCCUUGUUGGGGAGAAGAGCACGAUGGCCCCCAAAGGGAGGAAGAGGAAGGCAAAGGAGCCUGAGGCAAAGGCUGUGAACUCUGAGGAUGUGAAGGCAAAUGGCGGUACCAAUACACGGCCAAAGAGGUUAAGGGGCGAGGGAAGUCAGGGGCUUGGACCCCGUGUGGUUAUUGAGCAUUGUAAGAGCUGACGAGUCUAUGGGCGCAAUGCCGACGCCGUGAGCCAGGCGCUGCGCCGCACCGUUGCCAAUGUGGUGGUGGAGAUCAACCCCGAGACACCACGCAGGAACAGCUUUGAGGUGUCCCUGGUGAAGGAGGAUGGAAGAACGGUGGAGCUAUGGAGCGGCAUUAAGAAAGGGCCACCUCGCAAGCUCAAGUUCCCUGAGCCAGAGAAGGUGGCUGACAUGCUUAAGAGCAGCUUGGUCUAAAGCAGAGCUACACAGAGCUGAGUCUAGGACCCAUCCAUUCCUUGCGUGGACCAGAGCAUCCAUGAUGAGGCAUGAUGCAGUGGGGGGGGCCGAUGGCCAACCUCAGUCAUGUCUCUGAUACUGCAGCUCUUCCCACUGGGAGUGGUGGGCCAGAUGCCGCCACUCUGUCCUUCGCUUCUGCUUUGCUCUUCGCUUUGCUCCCACAACCAUCCUCUGGCCUUCCUUAGGGGAUCAUCUUUCACUGUUUUGUGGUUAGACUUUUUUGUAAUAAAGCUUCUAAAAAAACGUUUGUAAGUGGCAGCAAGGUGGGGUGAUAGCUCAGAGGUCACCAUGCAGGCUAGUCAGCUGGACUACACUUUCUCCUCCUCCCCCUAUGUUGAACAUCCUGCAGGCAGCAGUGGAGAGCCCCACUCAAGGACAUGCUCAUGCAUUCAGUUAGGAGUCUCACCAGGUGUUCUGCUCCCUGCAUGAGGGAGGAAAUGGCUCAUGGCAGCUUGCACUGCAUGGCUAGGAAAGCAGGUGCAGUCCACGUAACAGAGGGCCAAUCCAGCAGAACAAACAAGAGGCAAAUCCAACAAACUCUUUAUUUCAAACAAGCCCCAC